UACUUCUCCAAGCAAAUAUUUGGCUACCCUAAAAUUCCCCAAGAGCCCUAGAAAACGAGGGUGUGGUGAUUUUGGUCCCUCUCGGCAAGGGAUCGCGGCGGCGCCAUCAUGUCGGACGAUGCGGAGGAGCUCCAGGAUCCCAAGCUUGAACUGGAGGAGAUGUGCCGGCCGCGAUGCGUUAAGCAAUUUCUUGCCUACCAGGCGUGUUGCAAGCGAAUCGAGGACGAUGACACUGGAUCGAAGCAUUGCACGGGGCAGUACCUGGAUUUCUGGCACUGCAUCGACAAAUGCGUAUCGAGGCGGCUUUUUGAUCGAUUAAAAUGAGUAGAUAGAAGAAGAAGAACAAGGUCGUGAUCGUGUGCCAUGCUCCCAGAUCUAUCGAAUAAAAGGUCACGAAUAAGCCACAUUCCUGUGC